GGUCCAACCGCAGGCGGGAAAGCGCAGAGUGUGACGUCACGUGACACGAGCUUUACCGGGGCGGUCAACAUGGCGACAAGAAGUGAAUCGUAGCUUGGUAACAACAACAGUAACAAGAAGCCUCCUGUUGUACCACCGGGGAAGCACCGAGACGCGUAUCUACUAUCGAGACUAUCGAUCGGUUGUCGGCCGCUUCUCUGCAAACGAGAGCCCGACGCUGCAGGAUGCCGGGGAAAAGUGGUGACCAGUUCAAACCAGGAGACCUGGUGUUCGCCAAGAUGAAGGGCUUCCCUCACUGGCCUGCCAGGGUCUGUAAGCCGCUCGACGGACACAAGAAGCGAGUGUCGGUCUUCUUCUUCGGGACCCAUCAGCUAGGUCACCUCCCUCCGGAGAACGUCGUCCCCUACGUCGGCAACAAGACGAAGUACGGCGGCGGCGUCCGCAUCAAGGGCUUCACGGAGGGCAUGUGGGAGAUCCAGAACACACCGGCAGUCGGGAGCAAACUCAAAAUGCCAGCGCAAACUGCUGCCAAAACCACACCCGCAAAACCGACUUCUGCUAAAACCACACCCGCAAAACAGACUUCUGCUAAAACCACACCUGCAAAACCGACUUCUGCUAAAACCACACCUGCAAAACCGACUUCUGCGGCUAAAACCCCGACAGAAUCCACUCCCGGUGAACCGUCCCCUGCGGAGCCGGACAGUAAACCUGCCGGCGGCAGAAACGCUCCGAGCAGAGCUGCUGCUGCCGCCGUCGCGGCCAGAACUUCCACGAGGGCUUCGCUGAGGUCGGCCCCGGAGAAGCCGUCCGACUCCGAACCGAAUUCUGAACGGGCUUCGGAAGUCGUUUCCGAGGCUCCGGCGAACAGAAGAAGCAGCAGGAGGUCGACUUCAGGAGGGCGCAGGGAAGACGGGGCUUCGUCGGAGAAUAAGGAGCAAAAGGAAAUGACCCCUGCGAGUCCUGAUGUCAGCGCUCCAGACGACGAAGAACUCAAGACGGCCGAACCAAAGCCCGCGCCGGCAGAAAUGUCCGAGAACGAGGGAGGAGGGAAAGAAGAAGAGGAAGAGGAGAAGGAGGAGGAGUCCUCAGACAGCCGAGGAGUCAAGAGGAAGAGAGACGGAGAGGAGGAGGAGGAAGAGAAGGGAACGAAAGAAGUGGCGAAGAAACAGCCGACACCGUCCGAGAGUCGGGGAACAAAAAGAAAAAAAGAGGAGAAAGAAGAAGAGGAGGAGGAGGAGAAGGAACAGAAGAAAACAAAGCAGGAUGAAGGCGCGGAAGGAAAGAACGAAGGAGGAAAGAAAGAGAGAACGUCGGCGAGCAGAAGGGUGACGACGAGGAGAGCCGAGAAAGAGAAAGAGGGAGAAGGUAACAGAGCAAUACGAGAAGAAAAGAUGGCCGUGAUCGCGAAAGAGAGGCGAGCAACGGCGAGUAGAAAGAAGGAAGAAGAGGAGGAGGAGGAAGAGGAGGAGAAACAGAAGAAAACAAGGAAGCACGCGGAAGGAAAGAAAGAAGAAGUGGAAACGGAAGAAAGACCAAAGAGCCGGAGAAGCAAAGGAUCAGAAAGCCACGGAGCAAAAAGAAAGGAGGCAGAGGAGGAGAGACAACAGAGGAGAGGAAAACAGGAUGAAGGUGCGGAAGGAAAGACAGAAGUGACGACGAGACCAGAGAGCGAGGUGAUGAAAAGAAAGGAGGAGGAGAAAAGAAAGGAGGAGGAGCAAACGAGCGGAGCCGAUAAAGAGGGAAAGGAGGACGAGAAGAAAACCAGACAAGAAGUCAGCGAAGGGAGGAGGAGAAUGAGAGGAAAGAAGACGGAGAAAAGAGGGGAGGAGGAGGAGGAGGAGGAGGGGCGACAGCGGCGCCUGGCUGCCAAGAGGGAGAGUUUGUUAAAGUCUCUGAAAGGGUUGCUGAGAGGAGGGAGAGGAGGGAGGAGGACGAUGAUGAUGAAGAACUCCCAGAGACCCGGCGACGGAGCGAAGAAAAAGGCGGAGCUUAAGAAGACCAAAGGUCAGAAGACGAGCGUCCGAGAAUCGCCCGUCGCCAAGGAGAAGGAGAUGAAAGAGAAGGAAGAGAAGACAAAGACAAAAGAGAAGGAGAUGAAAGAGAAGGAAGAGAAGACAAAGGAGAAGGAAGAGAAGGAGAAGACGGAAGAGAAGGAGAAGACGAAAGAGAAGGAAACGAAAGAGGAGACAAAGGAGACAAAAGAGAAGGAGAAGACGAAAGAGAAGGAGACGAAAGAGAAGGAAGAGAAAACAAAGACGAAAGAGAAGGAAGAGAAGACAAGGACGAAAGAGAAGACAAAGGAGAAGGAAGAGAAGGAGAAGACGAAAGAGAAGGAGACGAAAGAGAAGACAAAAGAGGAGACAAAGGAGACGAAAGAGAAGGAGACAAAAGAGAAGGAGACAAAGAAGACGAAAGAGAAGGAGACAAAGGAGACGAAAGAGAAGGAGAGGAAAACGAAAGAGAAGGAAAAGACGAAAGAGAAGGAGACAAAGGAGACGAAAGAGAAGGAGAAGACAAAAAAGAAGGAGACGAAAGCAGAGAAGGAGAAGACAAAAGAGAAGGAGACGAAAGCAGAGAAGGAGAAGACAAAAGAGAAGGAGACGAAGGAGAAGACGAAAGAGAAGGAGCAGGAAGAGAAGACGCAGGCUGUCGGGAAGAAAGAUGAGGGGAUGAAGGACGAUGAAAAGAAGGACGAGAGGAAGAUCAUCGGGAAGAUCGUGAAGGCGACUCCGCGACAGGGAGCCAGGGUUCAGGUGAAGACGAUAAUGGGAGGAACAGCACUGAAAAAGGAGGAGGAGGAGAAGAAGGUCAGAGACGAAAACGUAGAAGAUGAGGAGAAGAAGAAGAAGACCCCGACGGAGGGUACGUCCCACCCUGGGGACGCCAAGGAGGAGGAGGAGGAGGAGAAGAAGAAGGGCGCCGACGAGGACGGCUCGUCGGAGGACAAGAAGACCGUUACCAUGACGCUGACCGACUCCACGCUGCACCGUAUCCACGGAGACAUCAGGAUCUCGCUGAAGACAGACAACCCUGACAUCAGUAAGUGUCUGGUGGCGUUGGAUCAGCUGAGUAUGGUUUAUGUGACGUCUAAACACGUGCAGAGACACAGUGAGCUCGUCGCCACUCUGAGGAAGCUGCGGUUCUACAGAGCGAGCCAGCCAAUCAUGGACAAGGCCUCAAUGUUGUACAACCGGCUGAAGAACUCCUUCCUGGUGGGGGAGGGGGAGGAGGUGGUGAGUGAGCGCGGCGUUCCUGCACUCGCUGCUGCAGGAGAAGGAGGCGGAGGAGGCGCAGCGCGUGGAGCGCUACGCCGAGCGUCGGAAGAGGGAGGAGCUGCUGCAGGAGGUGAAGAGACGCAUGGGCCAGGUGAAGGAGAGGAGAGAGGCUGA